GGCGACCACCAACGCGCAUCCGGCCGGGAUCGAAGGCGAAGCCAAGAAAGAGACCGAUGGCGCUCUUCGUCUGGGCCAAUUGCGUCCUCUCAGGCUACAUCUGGUUCAAGACGCUCCUGGAUGUCUACCACCCGCUUUCGUCGAGCAUCAACACCGCGGCCUCGCAGUCAUUAGAUCCCAGAGGCCUUUAUCAUGCCGUACAAUCUGCGGUGCUCGGGAGCGAAGUCAGGACCAGCACCCCUCGAAGAAGAAGGAGCAGGCGCGAGAUGACGCUCGAGUCGUCUGAGAGGGAGGAGCUGCGUAGCGCUCUCAAGGCUCUUGUUGUCUGGCUCAUCUUGAAGGGCUUAGAACCGGUGUCAGACAAUACGCUUGGAUGGAUCAUUCCUCUGUAUGCGAUGGGGAAGACAAUCAUCCUUCUCGUCUUUGUUCGUUUUCGCGUGCAGCUCGCCCUUCACCUCUUCCGGACAUUCGUCGAGCCGCUCGGAAGGCCAAACGAGCCCCUUGUCGAUGCAGGUGCUCUCAAUUCAGUCCUUUUCCCGGCCGCUCGCUUCCUCCUCUCGCUCCCUCUCGCACACUUGACGUACACCAUUCGCGAUCGCCUUGGUCCCUCGUUGACGUCGUUCUUCAGCGGCGGAAACAGCAGCGCAGGCGAGGGUGCUGCAUUGGAAGCUCUCGCAAUGUCUCAAGAUACGCCUGAACAAAUACGAGUAAAACCACCAAGCAGAUCACGACCUCGCGUGUCGAAUGGUGGCAGCAAAAGCCCCUCCGAUCGAGACGUGCCUGGCUCUCGAGGUCGUGGUGACAUCGGCCGCGGUGCAUCUACAGGCACGCUCAGCCACCAAAGCAGCGCCAACUCGCUGCGGAGAUCGGCGAAGGACUCCGCAUCAUCAACAACAACGGAUCGCAUGACGCCAACCACAAAAGCUGCGGCUUCUCUGUUAGCCUCCCUACCACCAGCACCGAGAGACUUGCCCAUCCGAGCCGACGCAGGCCCGUCACCCCCUCCAUUCCGCAUCGAUAGCCCAUCAUCGAUGUCUGCCUCGACAUCUGCCUCCACGCUCCCUCGCAACUAUGCCUUUAUCCCGCCUCCAACAUCAGCAGCCUCAAAUGGUCGGAAUGAGCAGGUCCCGGCGCCGUCACCCCCGGACUUCUUCUCUCCAAAGAUGCCCGGCUUCCUCUUUGGACAGACGAACACGCCCGGAGACCAUCUCACCGGCCCAUCGCCUCGUCCUCGUUUUCCUCUGGCCAGUCUCGGCGUGGCACCGCUCACGGCCCAGAACGGCCAUGGUCAUGGGGAUCUCCCGCAGCAACGCGCAUUCUCGAGCUCGGCGGCGGCGGCGCCCGCGUCUACAGAAAGGGCGAGCACCGGAAAGCGGAAAGCUAAAGACGAGGAUGGCGAGAGUUACCAAGAGGAGCACGCCUCGAGUGAGGACACGGAACUGGUUGGCGAGAGAGGAAUCGUAUCGAGGAAUACUACCACGACGGCACCAACAAAGGCAAAGAGAUCGCCCCGGAAGAAGCUCAAGCCAGCCACGAAAGAGGCUUCAGAGGGAGAAGAAGCGAUUGCGACUGCGACUAGCACGACGAAGAGUGAAGGGAGGGUAAAGAAUGCCGGACAGGAAAAGGGAAAGACGAAGGAGGCCAGCCAGACAACGGCAAAGAACAAGAGUGCUGCUGCUACGAGCCAAGGUUCUUCAAAGCAGACAAAGACGACGAUGACGAGAAGCAGGAGCACUGCGACGGUGCCAGCAUCGACUUCAACAACCGCGACAACGACAAGGAGAGCGGCGACCAAGAAGGCAAAGUAGACUACAGAGUGAUACAGCUGUAUUUUUGUCAAAUGUAGAUUAUGCGAUUGCGGUAGGCAGGG